AUGCAACAACUAAUGGGUUCCGAUUCCGAAAUCUUGGUCGACUUUUCUCCAAGGUUUCUGAUCUACAAGAAUGGCCGUAUCGAACGCCUCGUGCCCGAACCCUUCGUCCCACCGUCGCUAAACCCAACAGACGGCGUCGUUUCCAAAGACGCCGUCUAUUCACCGGAGAGUGACCUCUCUCUCCGGAUUUACCUUCCUCAGAAAGCCAUCGAGACCGGUGAAGAGGAGAAGAAGAAGAAGAAGAAGCUCCCUCUCCUCGUCUACUUCCACGGUGGAGGUUUCAUCAUGGAAAGGCCUUUCACUUCCACUUACCACACGUUUCUCAACUCUGCGGUCAAAGCCGCCGAUUGCAUCGCUGUCUCGGUGGAUUAUCGGCGUGCACCUGAGCAUCCGCUUCCCAUCGCGUACGAAGAUUCGUGGGACGCGAUCAAAUGGAUCUUCACUCACAUCGCCGGAUCUGGUCCGGAAGACUGGCUGAACGAAAACGCCGAUUUCCGUAGAGUGUUCUUCUCCGGAGACAGCGCCGGAGCAAACAUCGCGCAUCAUAUGGGAAUCAGAGCUGGAAAAGAGAAACUCAAGGAUUUCAAAAUCUUUGGGAUGGCUCUGUUUCACCCGUAUUUCUGGUCGAAAGAUCCGAUCGACGAGCAUGAGACGAAAGAAGUGGCGGUGAGGAGACAAGUGGAAGGGAUGUGGGAAGUCGCGAGCCCUAACAGCGAAAACGGAGUGGAUGAUCCAUGGAUCAACGUGGUCGGGUCGGAUCUAACCGGAUUGGCUUGCGGGCGGGUUUUGGUGAUGGUGGCCGAAAACGAUAAAUUUGCGAGGCAAGGCUUGGCUUACGCGGCGAAGCUGGAGAAGAGUGUAUGGCAAGGCAAAGUGGAAUUAGUGGAGACUAAGGACGAAGGUCACGUUUUCCACAUUAGGGUUCCUGAUUCUGAUAAUGCUCGUCGACUUGUUCAGAUAUUUGCAGAGUUUCUUAACGAAGACGAGACAAGUUGA